GCUUGGUUCCACAAGGAGCACCUCUUUGAUCCAAGGAGCGCACCUUUAUGCAAGGGCUUGCAAUGUCAUCAUCGUCAUCAUCUUCAGCUUCACCAUCACCACCCCCAAGAAGACCUGGUAGACCCACUAUCUAUUCCCCUUCGGAAAAGAAGAGGAGGAGAAAGAGUCUGGAGAGGAAAAGGGCUCAGUCAAGGAUAUGUAUAAGAGAACAAAUAGGAAGAUGGAUGUCCCUUAGAGAAACACUUAAUGUCUUCUCGCAUGCUGAAGUUGCCAAGUUUUUAUUGGACUUAUAUGACAGUUAUGAAAACAGAGAUGUUGUAUGUAAGGAAUCUGAAGUCAAAAUACAGAAAGUGGAUAGAAACUCAACAUUAAAUGCAGAAAAGGAUGUUCCACAGACCUCUUCAACAUCAGCUACUGAAAGAUUACCAUGUGAAGAUUUAGAGAAUGAUUCCACAGACAACUCGGGGGAAGAAUUUACAAUUGAUAAUGAAUAUGACCUUUCUAAAAGUUUUUCUUCAGUUAAACAUUUGAAAAAUGUGUCUCUAGCAGAGGAUAUAUUGGGUAUCACAGAUGAAUGUGAUGCUGGGUCACAAGAUGACUUUAUAGAAAGCUUUGAGGAAACAACUCAUGAUAUGACUCUGGAUGACGCCCAGGAUAUUUCUCAUGAAAAAAUGCACAUUGUAUAUGAUCACUGCCUUCUUCAACUAGCAACAAAGAUUGUUAUGCCAAAAUGUUUAUUUUGUGCUGGUGAAGUUGAUGUUUCUAUACAGCCUGUUUCUUCCUGCGUGCAUUUGAUAUGGAAAUGUAGUGCAGGACAUGUAGCAUUUGAAUGGUCUUCCCAACCUUUGAUAAAAGGACAGAUAUAUGCAGGAGACCUUGCAUUAUCUUCUGCAGUCAUACUAUCAGGAAACAAUUUUGGAAAAAUUUCACAAAUGGCAAACUUUAUGAAGUUGACAUUCACAAGUGCAAAUACGUUCUUCGGACUGCAACGCCAUUUUAUUGUUCCAACAAUAGAAUCCUUCUGGUGUCGUAUGAAGCAACACAUUUUGGAGGAACUACAUGGGAAGGAGGUGGUCAUUAUGGGAGAUGGACACAUGGAUGGACCUGGCCACUCUGCACAGUAUUGUGUAUAUUCAUUCAUGGACUUAGAAACCAAACAAAUAUUAGGUGUUGAAAUUGUGGAUAAACGUAAAACACAACUGAAUUCCCCUUUUAUGGAGAAGGAGGCCUUCCGGAGAGCAUUACAAAAGUUGUUGGAUGAACAGCUAAUGGUCAAAGAAGUGGUUACUGAAGCACAUGCUCAAAUUUCAGCUCUGAUAAAAAAGAAAUUUCCUUAUGUCAUCCAUUCAUAUGAUAUAUGGGGUGGUGCCAAAAACCUUGGAAACAAAUUAAUUGAGGCUAGCAGACAGAAAGAUUGUCGACAUCUUUUACACUGGUGCUCAGAUAUUGUCAAUUAUUUCUGGUUUUGCUGCAAGGAAGCUAGUUCAUAUGAAAAAUUUAUAGGAAUGUGGUGUGGCUUAGUUCACCAUGUGGUCAAUGAACAUCAGUGGGCUAGUGGAAACGGCAUCAUUGAGGGACGGUGCAAACAUGGUCCUCAAAUGGAUGAAAGAGAAAAGGAAUGGCUAGAAAAGGGAAGCAAACCUCACACUGAAAUGUGCAGAAUAAUUUUGGAUAAAAAGUUUCUGAGAAACAUCCCAUACUUUCUACAGUUUAGAUCCAUCUUUGAUCUGGAGCAGUUUCAGCAGCAUGUGCAUAUGUAUGCUACCAAAAGAUAUGAAUACACAUACCCUGUCUACAGAGCAAGAUGUUUUUUGGCAGCAAUUGAUUACAAUAUGCAUUUGAACCGGCAAACCAUGCACAACCCACAAAAUCAGUUAAUAUACCGUAGAAUAUACCAUAGAAAAUCUGGAAGGUGGACUUUGGUACCCAAGAAAGAAAAUAAACCCUAUGUAUAUAUUGAUAACAUGAUGGAGGAAAUAUUCCAACGCUGCCUGGAGACAUAAAAAGAUGUCCUGAAGGAGAAACACCUGGAACAAAAUGUUUCACGAUUUAUUUCAAUAUGAUUUAUACUAAUUAGCUGCUGUCACAAUUUAAAAACAAAAAUCCAGACUUAUACUUACCACAAUUACUAACUCCAUUGCUUGGCUCUGUAGGAAGAUAUAAUUAUUUAACAUUUAGUCUCGAAUGGUUGUGAGCAGGAAUCUUUCUGUACUGAUAAAAUUGCAAGAAAUGGAUAAUCAGGUUUUAACUAAUAACUUGCUGGCCUAUUCUUAAUUUUAUAUUUGUCUACAACAUGUAUGUACACUAAAAUUUUGAGAGAAUUCUCAAAGAUUAAAACUACUUUUUGAUACAAAGUGAUAUGCAUAUUAUGUAUGGUAAUUUAUUUGUUUUCAGUAUGACACAAUCUCAUAGAUUAUAAACUUUUGUAUUUAUUUCAAACUAUCAAAAUGUCUUUUAAAUAAAAGGAUGCUCUUUUAUGCU